GUGCAGACGGUCGCCUCGCCGAGAGGAGGCCGCAGCCGCAGCCGCUUCCGUCCCGCCUGCCCCCAAGACCAGCAGAGGCGGCGGCGGCGGCGGCUCGGGCUCCGUGAAGGGGGGACGCUGUUAGUCUUGUGGAGGGAGGUCAGACAGCACCUAUGGAGAGGUCGACGACCCUACAUCAGGGCUGCUGAAUAGUUCAGGCAGCAUCUGUGGAGAGAGAAAAACAAAGUUAGUGUUUCAGGCAAGGAGUUUGGAAUCAGAACAGUUGCACAAAGGGUUGGAGCACACGCUGAUCAUUGCCGAGUUGCUUCUGAUGUUGAAUGAUUGCCAGCUAAGUUAUAUAGUCGAUUGGUAACAAUGAAGAUACCUUGUAAAUUCUUCCCAUUUCCACGAUUUCAGAAGAUUUUACUAUCUCUUCAUUUACCAUCAAGAUAUGCAGAUAGAAAUGUAAAGCAAGCCAGAAGUAAAACAUCAGGUCCAGCAUUCAGCGGAAUGCACAACGAUGCAUUCGAACUCUUUGGAAAAUUCUAUCCUCGUGAUGACUAUACAAAUGUUACACCAAAGAUUUUGUCUAAAGUGGGGAAAUGUUUACAGAACCAAAGAAGCCACCCAUUGUGGCUGAUUAAGGAGCGCAUUAAGGACCAUUUCUAUGCACAUUAUUUGAGUCACCAUACGAGUCCACUCUAUUCAGUGUAUGAUGAUCUGUCCCCUGUGGUUACCACAGAGCAGAACUUUGAUAGUUUACUUAUACCAUCAGAUCAUGCAAGCAGAAAGAAAGGUGAUAACUUUUACCUCAAUAAAACUAACAUGCUGAGGGCUCAUACUUCUGCUCAUCAACGAGAUCUUAUUCGUGCAGGCCUCAAUGCAUUUCUGGUAUUUGGAGAUGUUUAUCGACGAGAUGAAAUUGACAGAAACCACUAUCCAGUCUUCCACCAAGUGGAAGGAGUCAGACUGUUUACAAACCAUGAGCUGUUCGCUAAUGUGCAAAAUGGUGAAGAGCUGAAUAUUUUUGAGAAGGGAUCCCGCACAGCCUAUAAGCAAGAGAGCCACACAUUGGAAGCUGUUAAGCUGCUUGAGUUUGAUUUGAAACAGACGCUGAACAAAGUCAUGACACAUCUCUUUGGAAAAGAUCUGGAAAUUAGAUGGGUGGAUUGCUAUUUCCCAUUUACACACCCUUCAUUUGAAAUGGAGAUCAAGUUCCAGGAAGAAUGGUUGGAAGUCUUGGGUUGUGGAAUCAUGGAGCAGCAACUGGUAAACUCAGCUGGUGCUCAAGACAGGAUUGGAUAUGCUUUUGGCCUGGGUCUUGAACGACUGGCCAUGAUUUUGUAUGGAAUACCAGACAUACGGUUGUUUUGGAGUGAGGAUGAAAGAUUUUUUAAACAAUUCCAGGUUACUCAUAUUGACCAGAAAGUCACGUUUCAGCCAUUUAGCAAAUACCCACCUUUAGUAAAUGACAUCUCUUUUUGGAUUCCACGAGAUGGAUAUGAAGAAAAUGAUUUCUAUGAUUUGGUGCGUAAUAUCGGCGGAGAUCUGGUGGAGAAGGUCAGCCUCAUCGAUCAGUUUAAACAUCCCAAGACAGAAAAGAUCAGCCACUGCUAUAGGAUUACCUAUCGCCACAUGGAACGAACGCUGACCCAGGAGGAGGUGUGCACCAUUCAUCGAGCUAUUGAGAAAGGAACCGUUGAGAAACUGGGAGUAGAAGGCAGAUAUUAAAUCAUGAGAACAAUGGAAUGUUUCUAAAUUUACCUGUCAAUCUUUUUGUGCAGAAGAGAAGUAUGAAUUAAAAAACAUUGUAAUUAAGACCAAACUGGAUUUCAGUAAAGUAGAAUAUUUUAUAUGAAUAUGGCAUAUCUUCAUGUAUUUGAAAGAAUAACUUGCACUGUAAAACAGGGAAGUUUUCUCUGAGAGUUUAUGCUGUACUCCAUGUUAAUUGGCUCCAAAGAGCUGAACUUCAUCAACAAAGUACAGGGGGCAUCAAGCAUUUGGUAUGAUGGAGUAUACCUUUGAGCUCCUCACCUUGGGUUGAUUCUUAAAUGUUUGAUUCUGGCCUGGACAGAACUGAUUAUUCCCUGAAUGAAAUGAAAAUAAAUGCAGACAUCUGAGUGGUGACCAUAUAUUGAAGCAUAUGAUGGAACUAAGAUAUAGUCCUUCAUGAAUCCCCAUAAUUAAAUCAUUUCAUUGGGUACUGGCCAUUAAUUUCAACAGUGACUCAUCUAAUCCCUUGCCAUCACUGAUGAAAGGUUAGCAUAAAAACUGAACAGCACAAACAACUGAAUUUGAGGUUACUACUGAUGUUCUCAUAGGUGGCAAUGUACUUAAAACCAAAGUGCCAACGGCUUACACAGGCAGAAUUUGCUAGUGCACCCAGGAAGGCUUCUGGAGAUAAUAUGUAUAUAGUCCAACUUGGGAUUAGUCUGUACUGGACCUAAGAUUAGGGAAUGACCCUGGCCAGGUGAUUGAAGGUUCACUUGGAGAGUAUAUGUGAACGGUGACCAUAAUUCUGUAAGUUUUAAUAUACUGUAGAUUUGGAUAAAGAUGAGAUUGGCCCUUUUAAAUUAGGGGAAGGCUAAUUACAACAGUAAUUUAGUGCUAAAUUAGGGGAAGGCUAAUUACAACAGUAUUAGGCAGGAACUGAAGAAAGUAGAUAGACCAACUUUUGGAGGGUAAAUCUACAUCUAACAUGUAAGAGUCAUUUAAAGGCUAAUUGAUUAAAGUUCAUGGUGAGAAUGUUCCUCUGAGAAUGAAAAUAAGGAUGGCAAGCUUCAGGAACAUUGGAUGAUACAAAGAUUUCCAAGUUUUGUUAAAAAGUAAAAGGAAAUGUAAGGUUUACAAAGCUGAAAUCUGAGACAAGGUCCUUGAGAAACAUAGAGGAAGCAGGAAAGAAGUUAAUGGAGAAAUUAGGAAAGCGAAAAUGGGCAAUGAAAUGCUCUUGCAAAUUGAAUUGUGAGGAAUAUCUAUACAUUAAUGCAUUACAGAUGGGUACCCAGGAGGGUUUCUGGAAAUAAUAUGCAGAUAGUCCAACUUGGGAUUGGUCUGUACUAGAGCUAGGAGAAUGAGAAUGACCCCGGCCAGCUGAUUGAGGAUUCAUUAAGGCAUUUGACAAGGUUCCUGAUGGUAGGAUGCUCCAGAAAGUUAAAUCAUAUGUGAUCCACCUUGGGUUGGUAGAUAGGAUUCAGAAUUGGCUUGGUCAUGAAAGAUACGGAAGAUAGGGUAUAGUGGUAGAGGGCUGUUUUUCUGAUUAGGGGUCUGUAAAGAUCAGGGCUAGAUAUGUGAUUUUUUUAAAAAACUUAAUAAUUUGGAUAAAAGUGUAGGUUGGUAAGUUUGUGGUAGAUAUGAAAAUUGGUGGAGUCAUGAAUAGCAAGAAAAUUUGUUAAGUGAUUUUGACCAGUUGGAAGUUAGGGCAGCGUAGAUGAUAACUUAAAAACUGCAUCCUUUGUUGAUAGAAAUGCAACCUGCUGAUAAAAUAUCCUUACCUUUAGACAAAAUUCAGGACCUAACACAUUCAGUGAAGUACUACCUAUUUAUUGAAGCCCCUCAUAAGUUUGAAUAUCUCUUACAAGUACCCCUCUCAGUCUCUGUACUUCCAAGGAAAAAGGCCCAGCCUAUCCAAUCUCUGUAUCUAAAAUAUCCCAUCCCUCAGGCAUUAUCUUGUCAAAUCUCUUUUACACUUUUACAUACAAGCCUAUCCUUCAAUUGGUGGCAACCAGAACUGCACUCCACAGUCCUGGUGUGGGCUAACCAAACUUUUACAAAGAUUACUCUAACCUCCCUGCUCUUAGAUUCUGUUACUUGGCAAAUGAAGCAAGGUAUCCCAGGAUUCUUUCAAGUAUCCUUUCCAGGACAUCAGAGAUGUCAUCCUUCUUCAUAGAACAGGGUUGCUUUCCUCUACCAUUGAUGAUGCCCUCCAUUUCUCCAUCCACGCUCACCCUAUCACCCUGCCACCUUAAUAGGGAUAGAGUUUCUCUUGUCUUUACCAACCACCCCAUGAGCCUCCACAUCUAACACAUAAUUCUCACAAGACAAGACAAGACAAAGUAAGAGAAAUAGGCCAUUCGGCCCAUCGAGUCUGCUCCGCCACUCCACCAUGAGCUAAACUAUUCAGCCAUCUAGUUCCAAUUUCCCCAUAUCCCUUGAUACCCUGACUAAUUAGAUACCUAUCAAUCUCCUCCUUAAACACCUUCAACGAUUGGGCCUCCACAGCUGUAUGUGGCAACGAAUUCCAUAAAUCCAUGACCCUCCAGCUUAAAAAUAUUUCUCCUCAUCUCUGUUUUAAAUGGGUACCCUCUAAUUCUAAGACUGUGACCUCUUGUCCUGGACUCACCCACCAAGGGAAACAGCAUUUCCACAUCUACUCUGUCCAACCCUUCCAACAUUCGAAAUGUUUCUCUGACAUCCCCUCUCAUUCUUCUAUACUCUAAUGAAUACAGUCCAAGAGCCGACAAACACUCCUCAUAUGUUAGCCCCUGCAUUCCAGGAAUCAUCCUCGUAAAUCUUCUCUGAACUCUCUCCAACAUGAGUACAUCCCUUCUAAGAUAGGGGGCCCAAAACUGCACACAGUAUUCCAAAUGAGGUCUCACCAGUGCCCCAUAGAGCCUCAUCAACAUCUCCUUACUCUUAUACACUAUUCCUCUUGAAAUGAAUGCCAACAUAGCAUUUGCUUUCCUUACUGCCGAUCCAACCUGGUGGUUAGCCUUUAGGGUAUCCUGCACGAGGACCCGAGUCCCUUUGCACUUCCGAUUUUUGAACUUACUCCCCAUCUAAAUAAUAAUCUGCCCGAGUAUUUCUUCUUCCAAAAUGUACAACCGCACAUUUCUCAACAUUGUAUCUCAUCUGCCAUUUCUUUGCCCACUCUCCUAAACUGACCAAGUCUCUCUGCAACCUUUCCGUUUCUUCAACACUUCCUGCUCCUCCACCUAUCUUGGUGUCAUCGGCAAACUUAGCCACAAAACCAUUUAAUCCAUAAUCUAAACCAUCGAUAUACAGUGUAAAACGAAGCAGCCCCAACACCGACCCCUGCGGAACACCACUAGUAAUCGGCAACCAACCAGAAUAGGCUCCCUUUAUUCCCACCCUUUGCUUUCUGCCUAUCAGCCAUUUUCUGCCUCCACCCAUUCCAUUAUCUUACCUGGAAUUCCAUGGGCUCUCAUCUUAUUAAGCAGCCUCUUGUGUGGCAGCUUAUUGUAGGCCUUUUGAAAAUCCAAAAACACAACAUCUACAAUGUUUGUCACUUCCAAAUGAAUCCUACCACCAAACAUAUCAUUACUUACCUCUCCCACUUUCUGCUGGGCUUCCCGCCUCCAGAAUUCCCUUAUCCAGUCAUCCCUCCCCACUAAUCUCCCUCCUGGCACUUAUUCCUACAAGCGGCCCAUUCACCUCCUCUCUCACCUACAUUCAGGGCCCCAAACAGUCUUUCCAACUGAGAGAACACUUCAACUGAGAACCUGCUGGUGUCUAUUGCAUCAGUACUCCUAAUGAAGCCUCCUCUACAUUGGUGAGAUCGUCAUGAAUUGGAGAACUGCUUCAUCAAGCACCUCCGCUCCAUCCGCCAGAAGCAGAACUUCCUGGUGGCUGAACAUUUUAAUCAUGAUUCCCAUUUCCGUUUCGAGCCCAUAACCUCCUCUUGUGCCAUAAUGAGACAAUCCUCAGGAUGGAGGAACAACACUUUAUAUUCCAUCUGGGUAGCCUCCAACCUGAUGGCAUGAAUAUCAAUUUCUCCUUCUAGUAAAAAAAUUAUUUCCCCCCUCAUCUGCUAUUCCCCACUCUCGCCUCUUUUCUUCUGCUUCCCUUUCUCCUAGGGUUUGUUCUCCUCUCCUAUCAGAUUCCUUCCUCUCCAGCCCUUUACCUUUCCCACCUACCUGGCUUCACUUAUAACCUUCUAGAUAUCCUCCUUCCCCUCAUCCCACCUCUUUAUUCUGGCAUCUUCCAUUUCCUUUCCAGUCUUGAAGGUGGCUCUCAGACUGUUCAUUCAUUUCCACUGAUGUUCCCAGGCCUGCUGAGUUCCUGCAAUUUGUGUGUGUUCCUUUGGAUUUCCAGUAUCUGCAGACUUUCUUGUGUUUUCAGGUAUCCCAGUCGUCUUCGCCAUUUUGCCUACCUGUGAUGCCACAUACAGAGAUCCUUGAACUAAAGCUUCUGUGCUCCUCAAUACUUUCUGAUAGUCUGCUAUAGACUUGGUAUGAAUAAGACAGGCCUGAAUCUCACUGAAGCAACUUUAUUGCAUCAAUACCAGGCUUGUCAGUAAAAGAGGCCUGAUAUCAAGAUUGACCAUGCAUUAACCUUUAAGAACUAGAUCUUUCUGCACCAUUUUCCACAUACCUAUCAACUCUCCUAUAACUAAAGUCAUUGUCUGACCUCUGUAUGACAACUUGCAGCUUUGUGCCAAUUUGAGCCAUUUGAUUGAAUAAGAUGGAUCGGCCAACUUACCUGGAUAUUUUUACUAGUCAAAUCCUCAAGAAAAAUUGCUCAAAAUGUUAACAGAUUCUGUGUGUGAAAUUUUUAAAAAAAGAUGAAUAGAACUCAUGGCCAAGGUGAAACUCUGCAGCAGAGUGAAAGAGUGAGUCAAAUAAGGUGUUAUGAAACAUCACAAAGAAAAUUCUUGCAGAUGCUUUUCCUUCAGUGAGAGUUGUCAUUGUAAAUUAAAGAAAGAGGUAUAUUGUAUUUUACCCUCUUUUCCAGGAUGUAACAUGUUUAAAUCUAUUUUUUCCUUUCAGUUGAAUUCCAUCCAUUUCUCAACAUUUUUAAGGAAGAAUCAGUAUUUCAGGGAUAUUCUGAACUUACUGUUGUGGUGGUGGAUAUAGAUGCCCAUAACAGGCAUGAAAGUAUCUUCAGGAUAUUGAUGUUUUUAUCUUUGUCUUUAAUAAAGACUUUUAGAAGUUGU